AAGCAGAGGAAGGGCAGAGAGAGAGGGAGAGGGAGAGAAUCCAAAGCAGGCUCUGCACUGACAUGGGGCUUGAACUCACGAACCAUGAGACCAUGACCUGAGCUGAAAUCAAGGGUCAGAUACUUAACUGACUGAGCCACCUGGGCACAUACUAGGAGGGAGCCUUUCUGUACGCUCAUCUCUCUCCUGGCCUCCCCUCUCAUCUACCAGCCUCCUAUUUUGCCUGCCCUGCGGUCCAGUCCCCCACCUGCAGCCAGAGUCUUCUUCAUAAAAGGUAGGUCUUACCAAGUCACUCUACUGCCUAACACCUUCUUGAUUUCCCAUCGUUCUUGGAUCGCCCACGAGCUGGCCACUGCCCCAUCCCGGCUCCUACUCCCCUAUCUCCUCCCUGACAUCAAACAUUCCAGUGGCACAGGAAGCUGGUUUCCUUCCCAUGCCUCCCUGCUUUUGCUCAUGCUGUCCCCUGACCUACAGUGCCCCCUCCCCACCUGUCUGCUAGUCUGACCCCUACUCUUCCUGUUAGACUGAGCUUCUUUUCCUCCUCCACUUGUAGUCCACGUGGCCCAGGAGUGCUCAGCACAUGGUGUUAUAGCUACUGAAGAUAGAUACAGUGGUAAUUAUGUGCUUAAUGUCUGUCUCUGGGGAUGGCAAACCCCCUGUGAGCGUGGGCUGUGGCUGUCUUAUUCCCUACAGUAUGUGCAGCACGCUGGGUGAGGAGCGGUAAACAGGCAACGCUUUUGUGGUGCUAACUGUGCACCCAGCCAGAAAUUGUUCUAAGAAUCUCACGUGUGUUAGCUCAUUUAAUCCUUACCACAACUCAGUGGGAUACAUAUUGUUAUGAGUCCCUGUUUACAGAUGAGAAAAUAGGCACAGGGAGGUGAAUAUGAUCCCCUCCUGAGUGUAGAGGCAGGCUUGGAAUCCAGACAGCCUACCCCCUAAUCUGUGCUCUGUACUGCAAUGCCUGUUGAAUGGCAGGUGGAUGAGGGAUAGUGUCUGGAUACUAAGUGCCUAGCAGGCACCCAGUAAGCGACAGCUGUCAUUAUUAUCACCAUGGUGUCCACACUCCCAGGCAUGCAUGCCUUUUAUUUUUCUAUUUUUUUAAGUUUAUUUAUUUAUUUUGAGAGAGGGAGGGAUGGAGGGGCAGAGAGAGAGAAGGAGAGAGAAUCCCAAGCAGGCUCCACUCUGUCAGCACAGAGCCCGAUGCAGGGCUCAAACUCAUGAACCAUGAGAUCACGAGUGCAGCCAAAACCAAGAGUCAGAGGCUUAACCGACUGACCCACCCAGGUGCCCCAGGCAUACAUGCCCUUUAAUGGGGAUAAGUUCUGCUUUACUCACCUCUGUGUGCUCAGCACAUUCCACCCACAUGGUAAGGACUAAAUAAAUAUUUACCAAAUGAAUGAAAAAACUCAUGACAGAAGUAUAAGGAAUGACCUAGGGUGCCUGGCUGGCUCAGUCGAUCCCGGAUCUCAAGGUUGAACAUGCGAUCCCGGAUCUCAAGGUUGUGAGUUCAAGCCCCACAGUGGGUGUAGAGGUUACUUAAAAAGGAUAUGAUCCUACCUUCCUUAUAUAUGUUUAAAUUAAGUUCCAGUUUUUAAAUUAUGUGAUACUUACAUGUUGUCCUAUUGAAAGUUGUAGGAAGGAUAAAGAGCAGAAAAUCCCUCUUCCGUCAGGGCCACCCCCUAGCACAACUCCAGAGGGCACCACUCACCUAAAAUACAGUGUGGCAGCCACUGCUCCUGCUCAGGACCCCAUCCACCUAAUUUCCCUCUCUGCGGCCACAACUGAUAUCAAGCUCUUUUCCAUCUUUACAGAGAUAGUUUACAUGCAUUUGAAUGGAUCAUGGGUGUGUUAUUCAACAUAGAAUCCUUUACCUUACCUUGUUCAUUUUAUGUCUUUGGGAGAUUGUUUCACACCGGGUGUAUAGAGUAGCCUCAUUCUUUUUAAUGGUUACACAGUAUCUCAUUGUGCUGUAUGGAUGUACCCUAGUUUAGCUAUGCCUCUAUUUAAUCAGCCCUCUAUGUAUUUACCCAACCUGUAUUAGGUUGUUUCUACAUUGUUUCUCUUACAAAUAGUGCUGCCAUGUGCUCCCAUCAUUCCACCUGGCUGUUUGAGAACAUCUGGAGCAUGCAUUCCUAGAAUUGGAUUACUUGGGUAAAGCAGAGAAAUGACUUUCUAAUGGUGGAAUUUCAGUCAUCUGUGACAGGCAUAGCUGAGAUUCCGCUGACACGUUGAAACCUCUUUCUAGAGCAUGUUAACCUUAAAGAGAAAACUGCCUGCCAUUUUACCAGCAAAAACGGGUUUAUUUGGAAAUAGCAGAGAAUUGCAAUCCCAGGACGUGCAAGCUGUGGCAAAACUACAGGCAAGGCCAGAGACUCUGGCCCGUUCAAAGAUGGCAUGAUAACCUUCACACUUCCCUCUGCCAUAAGGAGCUUGAUCCUACAGAAGAUACCAGACAUCAGAAAUAUGUCCAGCGUGGCUGGGGGGCUCCGACCAGCCAGCAUGGUGGUCCUGCACAGGUCCCCGGCUCCAGCCUUUGAAAAGUUCUGCCAAGCCAACAAUGGCCCUCUGCCCCUACUGGGCCUGACUGAGCCAGGCAAGUGGACGUUGCCUACCCCGAACGCUGUUCUGGACACCAGGACAGGGUGUCCCUAGUUCCGGAAGUACGAGUUUGGUGCCCACGGAGGCAACCUGACCUCAUUGGAGGAGUACUCGGAGCAGCUGAGGGACAUGGUGACCUUCCUCCCGGACUGCAGCUCCUCCCUGGAAGCAGCCUUGGAGAAGGUGGGGCUCCCCAGAAGAUACUCCGUAGGGCAUGGUCACGUGGGUGCAUACGAGACGACAGCGCCUUGUGCUACCAUUGCUGGCUUUUGCUGCCACCUGGUGGUCACAAUGCGGCCCAUCCCCAAUAACAAGCUGGAAGGGCUGGUGCCGGCCAGUUGCUCCCCAGGGAAUAAGGGACAUCCCAUUCAUAUCGGCGACCCGGAAUGGUUGGGAAUCAAAGAUCUUUCUAGACCCGACUAUGGGGAGCCUGUGGUGUGUCAGCCGGGGGACGUCCCAGUGUUCUGACCUUCUCCAAUGACCAGCCUCGAAGCUGUCAGCAGCUGCAAGACCCCGCUGGCUUUCACCAGUGCACUGGGUUGCACAGUCAUGACCAACCUGAAGAAUACAGAGGCUCCACCCAGUUGUCUUACCCCUGAGGGAAUUCCUGAGGUCCAUCCCAUUUCCCAAGAUCCUUUGCACUACAGCAUCGCAUCGGCUUCAGCUGUUCAGAAGAUUAGAGAACUGGAGACUAUAAUUGCCACAGACCCAGGCCACCGGAGGAUCGGGCACCUGCUCUGUAAAAAUGAGCUGCUGAGGGCCUCCCUGUCACUGUCCCACGCCCGCUCGGUGCUCGUCACCACCAGCUUCCCCACUCACUUCAGCCAUGAGCCCCCAGAAGAGACAGACGGCCCAUCAGGAGCCAUUGCUCUGGCCUCCUGCCUACAGGCCUUGGAGAAGGAGGUCUCCGUGAUCGUUGACCUGAGAGCUUCCGGUUUGUUCAAGAAACUUGUUGAAGAUGCCGUUGAGCAAGGGGUCCUGAAGACACAGAUCCCCAUAUUAACUCUCCAAGGUGAAUCAGCGGGAGCUGCUCAGGCAUUUCUCUGCAAAGAUGGGGACCCCAAGUCACCCAGAUUCGACCAUCUGGUGGCAAUUGAGUGCACAGGAAGGGCCGCCAAUGGUAAUUGCUAUAAUGCGAGGAAGAUGAGCAUCAGGCACUGGGUUGACCCCACUGAUGAUCUUUUCCUGGCAGCACAGAAGAUUCCUGGAAUCUCAGCUACUGGUAAGCGGGAGGGUCGGUGAUGGGGCAAUCAGCUUGGGAAGGGCAAAGUCAAGGAGGGGAAAAGACACAUACAAAAUGGGGAUGGGAUUGCCUGUGAUGUGGAGGCUGACUUUGCUGUCAUCACUGAAUCUUUUUCUGUUCUGGGUGUUUCUAACUGGGGAGGCUGUGCCUUGGCCUGUGUGCUGUACAUCCUCAACUCAUGUGAGGUCCACAGACAUUACCUAAGGGAGGCAGUUGGACCCUCCAGAGCACCUGGGGAGCAGGACUGGGCUCAGGCCCUUCCAUCCGUUGCUAAAGAAGAAAAAGCGUUGGGCAUCCUGGUGCGGCACCAAGUCCAGAGUGGAGUCUCGGGCGAGGUGGGCCCGGAGGUAGAUGGGCUGCCCUUCCACGGCACCCACGCCCAGAUGAUCCAGAAGCUGGUGGAUGUCACUGCGAUGGGUGUGUGACUGUGCAUGUAGAGUGCGUACCAGAUGGCCGUGCCUGGAACUAGGAGGGAGUUCCCUGAGGGCCCCGAGCUCCUUUCCACACGGUCCUGGGUGAGCAGCGCCUGUGACGGGACAGCGCAGACGUUGGGGACUGAGGAGGAUGUUUCCUCAGGGCUUCUAGUCCUUUGCUUUUCUUCCUAAGUGCUAAGGGAUUGAUUUCAACCCUCCUCCUCAGGCUUCUUCAGAGCACCCACAUGGUCUGCUCUGAGAGUUUUCCGAGGCACCACUUAUGGGGACAAGAGUAGGCAUGACUAGAGCCAUGAAUAAACCCAAGGCUAAUUAAAAAAUAGUAAAAAAAACCAAAACAAAACAAAAAACGGAGGGGGCACCUGGGUGACUUAGUUAAGUGUCUGACCCUUGAUUUUGGCUCAGGUCAUGAUCUCGCGGUUUGUGAGAUCGAGCCCUGUGUCAGCCUCCGUGUUGACAGUGUGGAGCCUGCUUGGGAUCCUCUCUCCCCCUCUCUCGCUGCCCUUACCACCCCCCCCCCACUCUCUCUCUCAAAAUAAACUUAAAAAAAAAAGAAAUUGUUAAAUGUACAAAUAUGUAGCAUAUAUUUACAAACCUCUGGGACUUUACUAAAGGUUUACUCACUACCACCACCAACAAAAUAUUUAUACCUCUGAAAUGCUUUCUUUUUCAAACAUUUUGUUUCCUUGGGUCUUCAAACCUUACGCUUAUCACCAUCACCCCUCCUUUCUGUUCCUCACCUCUCUUCACCCCCACACCUCCCGACACCCCCUACCACAGAACCUGACUCUUGGCCCGCCUCCUCCCCAUAGGCUCAGCCCCAGCCUAGAGCCAGAGGCUUUGGCCUCCCUGAAUAGGAGGGCGGCCACACUCCUGGAGCCAGGGGGUUGGGGGGUCAGGAGUGUCUAGGGCUCAGGUGGCUCACAGGCUCCUCCUGGACAACUGUAGUCAGCUUGUCUUUAUCUCACUCACACUCGUCCAGUGCACGUUUCCCAACAAAAUUAGGAGCAGGAUCACCGACCACAUCCCAUUACACUCCCCUGUUGAGCUAAUACAGUAUCUCGUGUUAGUUCACUGCCGAGCGAUGGCUCACUCAUCCAGAUGGGGUAGUCUGGCUUCCCAGCUACAGCUCCAAAUGUUUAUUGGGCCUGCUUUGUUUUAUUUCCUUAAACAUGUCCACUUCAACUCUUUAAGGGGCGUUAGUUGUGAAGCGUGAAACACAUGCUACAAAAAUUACCCCUAGGUUGUCUACUCAACAGAAGUUAAAGCCUAAGCGUGUAGUAAGUAAUCUGGGAUUAACUUCCAGUGCCAUUUACACGGCAAAGCCCCUGGCCAGCUAGGGGUGGGACAGUCCAGACCUCCCUUUGUCAUUCUGGUGGGGAGUCCCCACCUACAGGUCUGUGCUUCCGCUGGUGUGGCCUCCAGGGCUGACGUGCUCAUUGUGAUGAGCUCACAGUCCCUCCCAUCUGCAACUUCUCACAGUUCACUGAGACUGUCUCAGCUGUCAGCUUUACUGGCCAGGUGUUCCACACUUACAGUUUUCGGCCCUGACUUGAGAUGGCAGAGUUCCGCGUAAUGGGGGCCUCUGAGAGCCCGCCCUGGCAUUUGUGAAGUCUCGAUGACUAGGAGAGAGGAAGCGAGGAAGCAUCACUUUGGUAAAGAUGCCAUCACUCUUCUGAUUCAUAUUUUGGGGAAAGACACUAAUGGACCUUUGGUUUUGCAAUAGUAAUAACAGAGUUCUGUUCUGGCAUGGAGAAGUUUAAGGCAUGACUGUGUAAUAGGUUAUGUGCGCUGUGGCCAGAAGUUUAUGGGAUGAUGAUGACAUUGUUUAGGACAGAGGCCGAGACCUGGGUGGAGCCCAGAGAAGGCCGCGAGU